CCGCUUCAUAACCACGCCCCUUACUCUAACCAACCAAUGGGCGCUCAAGGGUUCAUUAAAUGCCGGAAAUUGAUGUCAAGCUUGCGUGACGUCAUCAGGGAGCGACUCACCCACGUGUGUAGUGCAUGUCUAUGUUUUCUCUCUAGUAAAGGUCCCGUCCAUGGUACUGUUGUGUCAAGUCUUGGAGGAUCUGGCCAUGAAUACUUGAAGCCAUGAAGAUCAGGUUCCUUGUGAGCUCAGUAUCAUGGAUUCUCAGCAGACGUGGAACCCAACGUAGAACAGUAGAGCAAAAACUGUUCUUUACAUCGUGGAGCAAUGGCUACACUGGUUACCACCGAGACGGGGCUCAAAGCAUAUUAUCGAGGGGAAUGUGCUCCUGGCAGACCAUGUUAGAUUGUGAACGGAAACGCUGGGAGGCAGCUUGUGUGACUUACAAAGAUCUUACUGAAAUUCAGAAGAAAUGCCUGGAGGAGAUGCAUCACAAGUAUCCACCACGAGCAGAACGCAGCACGAUAAGGUGCAGAGGGAAGACCUAUUUUGAUGAGGACUCCUGUAUCUAUCGCUUUCAGGAAAGCCUUGGAGAAGACAGCAUAGAGACUCUGUUCACACCUGAAGAUUGUGGGUUACAGGAUCACAUAAUCCAGCGCAUCAGGGUUUCUCCUGCUCAGACAUAUUUGGCUGUUACUCUGAAAGGCUCGGAUCGUGAAGAGUCCACCUGUAUUGUAGUAAAAGUGAAAGAGCGGCCACAAAUAGUAUGCGCUAUACCCAAUGUAUUUAGUUGUGAGUGGGUUAAGGACAACGUCCUGUUUCACACAAGGCAGGAUAAUCUCCAGUGCCGGUCUGUGUAUGCCACGGAGUUUAGCGGAGAAAGUACCACAAGACUCAUUUAUAAUGAGAAAGAUCCCAGGUUUUUUGUAGACCUGUACAUCACCAGAGACCUGUUUCUCACCAUCAGCAGUAAUAGCAAGACAUCUUCUGAGGUCCGGCUUAUUGACUGUAGUUCCCCUUACAAGCCCCCUGUCCUGGUUCAGACCCGGCUGCCUGGUGUUGUUUAUCAUGUGGAGCACAGACAUGGCUGUCUCUAUAUUCUCACAACGUACGGAGAGCCUGCGGAAUACAAGUUGAUGAAAGCUCCACUAACCAGUGAUGUCCAACAGUGGAAGCCCAUAUACCAGGUACCUGCAAAUUCUAGACUGCUGGACAUGGAGAUGCUAGAGGAUCAUUGCAUUCUGUUCCUAAGACAGAACAAUGAGCUGUACAUGGAAGUGACUUCCCUCUCCGAGAGAAGGGUUAUCCAGGCAGCAAGACUUCCAGCAUGGGCCUGUGCACUACAAACUGAUUGGUACCCAGAGGAGAGGACGCACACAAUCCGCUUUUACCUGGAGUCACCUGUACAUAACCCGGUUAUGUUUGCUUAUUCAGUACUAGACAAAAGGUUGUCAGUAGAGGCCGAAUACAACAGCGAUCGGAGUGAGACUUGUCACGUUGUGCGUAUGAGCAUCAGGAGCAAGGAUGGAACUCUGGUGCCAGUCACAGUUUUUUACAAAGCAGAGGGUGGGCUUCGAGAGAGACCGCUGCUAGUUCAUGUCUAUGGGGCCUAUGGCGUGGACCUGAAUAUGAGCUUUAAGCCUGAGAAGAGAAUGCUGCUUGAGGAUGGCUGGAUAUUAGCCUAUUGUCAUGUUAGAGGCGGUGGAGAACUGGGCUGUAACUGGCAUAAACUGGGCAAUCUGGAAAUGAAGCAGAACGGCCUGGAUGACCUGGAAGCUUGUAUCGUACAUGUGCAUAAUCAGGGGCUUUCUCAGCCUUCUCGGACAGCAUUAGAAGCUGCCAGCGCAGGAGGAGUCCUGGCUGGAGCUCUUCUCAAUUUUAGGCCUUGGCUUUUUCAAGCAAUGGUUUUGAAGGCCCCUUUUCUUAAUGUGCUGACGUCUAUGAUGGACCCGUCUUUACCGCUCACCCUUGAAGAACAAGAAGAAUGGGGCAGUCCGCAGACUAACGUACAACACUACAGAUCCAUACAGGCGUAUUGUCCUUAUCAGAAUAUCACUCCGCAGAAUUAUCCUUCACUUCUGAUCACCGCCUACGAGAAUGAUCAGCGCAUUCCACUUAGUGGAUUACUCCAGUACAUGAAGAAGCUCAGGAUGGCGGCGCUCUGCCAUUUUCAUAGAUCAGCUUUACCUGAAUGGAGAAUGCCAAAUAUAUUGCUGGAUGUUCAUCCUGGUGGUAGUCACUGUGAUUCAUUGUCUUGGGAAGAUUCCUUAAAGAAGGUGGCCACUCAUCUAACUUUUCUACAAAAGGAACUGAAACUAUAGGAGGGAAGAACAUUUUGCUGUUACAGAAAAAUAUAACUAGAAAUUGAAAUUCAGACUAAAGAAAAUUAAUUUCUGCUACAUGCACUAUAAAAGGUGACCUAACUUGUGUGUAAAGGAUGUCAACAUGGUGAUCUGGAAUAAAAAUUGGGAGUAAUUAAACUUACAACUAGUGUCAUUGAAACGGACCACAUCCUGUUAGAAGUCAUUAAUGGAAUAAUGGGUGAUGAUAUGAGGCAGUCUGCCUUGGGUUGCUUUAGAUUUGUGUUAGAUCUGAGCCUAAGGUGUCCCUGUUUUUUCCUUUAAAACAUGUAGACCUCACUACAAUACUUAAAUGGUGCACUCUCAUUAAAAAUUUUUUUGCCAUUGCACUCUUUAUGGUAAACUAGCUGAGUACCCGAUUUUGCCCGGUUUUUCCUUCCUCAUCCUUGUUGGGGAGGAAAAUCAACAAAGGAGGAAGCUUUUGACUUCAAAUCCCAUCCCCAUAUAUUGUUGUCAUAUCCCGACCUCCUAUCCCGACCUCCCAUCCCGACCUCCUCCCAUCCUGACCUGUAAUAUGUGUACCAGGUAUUGAAAUAUCUCCAGCUGUACAGAAGUUAUGUGAGAACAUACAUUUCCCAUUGAUUUGCAUGGGACUUAAACAAAAACCCCGACCCUCAAAUGGUUGUAGUUAAGGGUUAAAUUAACUAUCCUAUAUUUUAAGUGGACAUAUAAGUAACAUGUGACCAAGUAUUAUCGAAAUAUCUCCAGCCGUUUGGAAGUUAUGCAGUAACAUAUAUUUUCCACAGACUUGUAUAGGACUUUAAACAUAAACCCCGC